AUGGGGAGUCAUAAGGAGGCCAGCAGGAUUUAUGAGUGCCUGAUGCGGUUUCACAGGUCAACACCAAGCCCCUUUCUGCCUUACGCCUCUGGACUUUCACAUGAGAUCAUAGCCGCUCUGCAGAAGACUCACCGUCCGUCAGCUGAAGCCAUCGAGCUCUUCAGCCUCCUCAGCUCUCCUCACAUGCAGGCUCUGCUGUCAUCCCACGACAGCGUGGCGCAGGCCGACUACGGACCCGUGUUACCCCCCCUGCCCGACGACCUCCCUGAGGACGAGGAGGCCAUGAGGAUCGUUUGUCUGGUGAAGAACAACCAACCGCUGGGGGCGACCAUAAAGAGGAAUGAGGAGACUGGAGACAUCUACAUCGCCCGAGUGAUUCACGGAGGACUGGCUGACCGCAGUGGCCUGCUUCAUCCUGGUGAUUUGCUGGUGGAAGUGAACGGAAACCCGGUGGGGGGCCUGGAGCCCGAGCAGGUCAUCCAGAUACUGAUUAAUUCUCGGGGAACGAUCCUGUUCAAAGUGAUUCCAAAUCCUGCUCAGUCCAGCAGCAGCCAGAAGCCGGUGUACAUGAGGGCGAUGGUGGACUACUCCCCGCUGCAGGACUCCUCUAUCCCGUGUCCGGACGCAGGAAUGUGGUUCAGCAGAGGAGACCUGCUGGAGGUGGUGGACCAGUCGGACGGGCACUGGUGGCAGGCCAAGAAGCUGCCCUGCUCAGCGGCAUCCUGCGCCGGACUCAUCCCCUCCGCCAGCAUGCUGAAGAGCAAACAGAGGGAGCAGUGGUGGUGUCAACCUUUACAAGGCCAUGUCUGCAUCCGACCCUUGACCCAGCCUGAUAACGAGGCCAGUCAAACACACAGUGAUGAACAGCGCCCAGUCGUCGAUUUGGAAGAACUAAACUUUGAUGAACGUGACUCAGAUUUUACUGAUGGAAUCUAUUUGGCCGGUUUCCGUCGGAGUUUCCGUCUCUGGAGGAGGACGUCCUUCAGGAAGAGACGUCAGUCCUGCACCUCCUGCUCGCCGCUCAGCGGCGCCCUGGCCACCCCGUACGAGGAGGUGGCCCUGUACCAGCGCCCCCCGCAGGAGAACCACCGCCUCAUCAUCCUCGUGGGUGCGACAGGAGUCGGAGUGAAUGAACUCAGAAAGAGACUCAUCAAACUGAACCCCUCCACCUUCCAGUCCCCCGUCCCUCACACCAGCCGUCCAAUCCGAGCAGGGGAGCAGCCAGGGAGAGAGUACCACUUCAUAACCAAGGAGCUGUUUGAGUACAUGGUCUGCAACAACAGGUUUGUGGAGUACGGGGAGAGUAAAGGCCAGCUGUACGGGACCAGCACGGACGCCAUCGAUGAAGUGCUGAAACGAGGCCGCAUGUGCAUCGUAGACGUCGAGCCACAUAGCAUCCAGACGCUGCGGACUAAGAAGCUGAAGCCUUACGUGAUUUUCAUCAAAGCCCCCAGCGUAGAGCGGCUGAGACAGACUCGGAGAGACGCCCGGAUCAUCACCAACUACACCGUCAACAGGGCUUUCUCAGAGGAGGACUUCGUGGAGCUGGAGGAGACGUCUCGGGUGAUCGAGGCCAGGUAUCGGCAGUUUUUCGACAGCGUGGUGGUGAACGACGACCUGCAGGACGCCUGCAUGCAGCUGAGCUCCAUCAUCCACCAGGCGCAGCACGAGCCCCAGUGGAUCCCCGUCAGCUGGAGCCGGACGGACGAGUAG